GUAAAGCGAGAGGUGGGCGACGUCAGCAUUCUGGUAAACAAUGCCGGCAUCGUGACAGGAAAGAAAUUCAUGGAUGCUCCUGAUUCCCUGAUUGAGAAGACAGUGGAGGUCAACACUAUGGCUCACUUCUGGACCUACAAGGCCUUCCUUCCUGCCAUGAUUGCCAACAAUCAUGGCCAUCUUGUCAGCAUUGCCAGUUCUGCUGGACUCAUCGGAGUGAAUGGAUUGGCAGGCAAAUUUCAAAAAUGUUCUAAUUGAUUUUCAGAGUUUUCUGAAAUUCCUUAAAUUCAGCGUGAAUUCAAUACAUUGUAAUAAUAAUAUGUCUGUGCUUUGUGGUGUGUCCCACAGCAAACACCAAACCAUCAACAGAAAGUCACAACCACCAUGAACAGGAUAAUAGCAUUAUUUAGCAGGAGGUCAAACAUUUUUGAUGCAUAGGAAUAUCAAAUGCAGAAAAUCUAUUAUAUAAUGCAUGAAUACAUAGCUAGCAAUAUAUGCUUACAAAUGCUUUAUAACAUCUAUACAAAGUAAAAAUGGUGAGGUUUAGCUGUAAGUUAAUACUGACGUAACGUAAUAUUCCCUUAUAAUGCCCUAUGAACACUGUUGUGCGUUUAGCCAUUACUGUCAUUUUGAGAUUUUAAAGCACACUUUUUAGAGUUUUGUUUAGUCUGGCCCAGUGUUUCAGGGCCAAGUGCUUAUACUCAGGAACAGUGAACCCAACUAAAAAGGUGUCUUGGAUAUCCAAUUGUAAAUGUAAAUCCAAUGUAAAUUUGGUAGCCAGGGGUCCAGACCGCUCAAUGCCCUUAUGCGUUCAGACUGAAGACAAAUUUUCACACAUUAUUAGCGUAUUACAGCAGAUAUUGAAUGCUUGAUUGCUUGACGGACUUUACCCGUCUUUAUUCACCAACAGCAAAUUUGGCCACAAUGGGUAGUCCAUUAUGUGUCUUUGAGUAAGAUGGGUAGACUAUGAAUGAGAGGUGAAACUGAGUAUAACAGUGUUUUGUGCAUUCAGGUAGAAAAGCGCAAUUUAAAUGCAGUCCGUUUACCAUUUAAUUAUUGUGAAUAUGUUAGCUGUAAUUAUCACUGUACUAGCUAGCAGUAUACUAGCAUGCUACAGCUAACUAUUGUGUUUUUAUAGACCUUUUUAGAGGCUUUUCUGCUUGUUUCAAUAUACUCAUGAAUUGAAGUAAAAAAGCCUCAUCAUAAGCACAAAGCUUCUGUUAAGGUUGAGACUUUUUCAACUCGUGCAGGUACCUAUUCACCUGAGUGUGCUCCUCCAGACAGGUCACAUUUGUAUACACUACAUAAACCAUGCCUCCUUAGUUUCCUAAACCUCAGCUACAUCCACUAACCUUUCCUAAAGUGUUAUCCCUCUUGUCACGUCAGGUCUUCUUACUGCUAAUUUGAAUUUCAAUAAUGCCUGUUAUUUGAUCAUGGUCUUCAUCUAGUAACUUUAAUUAUGACAAUACACAGCACAUUUUAAAACAAAGUUGCAAAGCUUUACAUAGUAGUACCAGUAAAACAUUUCAGAACUGCAAUGAAAUAAAAUAAAAUGUACAAUUAUAUUUGCAGUAGAUAAAAUAGUGGGACCAACACUGUUAAAAACGUACUUGAAAUCUUGCAGGCAUCAUACCUAAAGGACCUGAGGUAGGCUUUAGUUUGUUUAUUGUGCACAGUGAAUGUGCCUCAAAAUAACUGAGCAUUAUGGAUUUCAUUGAUUUUGUUUCAGCUUCUUUUACUUAUUGACAACUGGACAUUAGUUCUUUCAACAGUCUUUUUUCCAUUACCGUUCAGCUUGUCUGCAUUUUCUCAUUAUUGUUCUCGCUCUAGGUAUCAUUGUAACAGAAAUGCCAUAGGGAGAUCGUAUAUGACAGGAUACUUUUCACUAGUAUGUUAACAGACAGGCAGAAAGGUCCUAAUUUCCUUGGAUGAAAAUAACCUCAAGUAAUUAUUUUAAUGUUUUUUGUUGUUGUUGUUGUUUUUUGAAGUAGCCAUACAUUUUUCAGUCAAAACAUAUACAUUAUGGUCCUAUCAUUACAUUUAUUAAGCACCAUUACUACUAUGUAAUACUUAGUCUGUAAAGGCCAUGUCAUAAAGAUUAUAAUGCAUGUAUCUGGGUACAUAAUCUAUUAUGGGUCGAACUUUGUUUUAAUGUAACAUUGUUCAUGUUUUCUAUGUAAUUUGUAACUGAUUGCCAUCAUAAGUGUAUGUGAUAUCUGUAUCAAAUAGACUGCAGUAUACACCUGUUGCCUUCAUAAUGCAAACUGUUAAAUGACUCAUAAAGAAUGCACUGGAAAUGACAAAAAAGAAUGUCAGGAAUGUAGAGGUUGAUUUAAGUAUGUAUCUAAAAGCACAUUUUAGUACAUAUAUGUUUUCAAUGUAAACUACGUGGAAGUGUAAUUUUGAAAAUUCUGAUCAAUACAUUUUUCUGAUUUCAAA